CAAAAAGGAGAAAGAGGAGCAGAGUGAAAAAAGCGAAACACAAACACCAAAACAGCCACCGAACGAACAAGGUUCGAGAGGAGGAGGAAGACACAGUGGAAACCAGCCAGAGUCGAAGGCAAAGGGCAGACAGGGACAGAGGAGGGGACGGGACAGAGAGCGCCUAUAUAAUGAGCAGACGACGGUCGUCGUCCAGGGCAAUUACCAUGUCGUCGUCGCCGGGCCUGAGUCAGCUCUGCAUGGCCAUGAUGGUGAUGGUGCUCCUGGUGGUGUCCGCAAAUGGCCUGGCAAAUUGUCCAAAUGGCUGCGAAUGCGAUGAUGACACACUCAUGGUCAACUGCGGUGAGGGUACGCUCGAUGUCUUGCCCAUUGCCCUUAAUCCGGCCAUACAGCGUCUCGUUAUCAAGAAUAAUAAGCUUAAGACCAUCGAUUCAUCGAUGCAGUUCUAUGCCCAGCUAACGAUUCUUGAUUUAUCCUUUAACGAAAUGAUUAACAUACCGGAACGCUCAUUUGCCUAUCAUUCGAAACUGCAAGAGCUACACUUGAAUAACAAUAAAAUUGGUCAAGUUUCGAAUAAGACCUUCCUGGGUCUAUCCAAUUGUAGUGUGUUAAACCUAAGAGGUAAUCUCAUAGCUGAGCUAGAGUAUCACACCUUCUCGCACAUGGUGAUGUUGGAGGAAUUGAAUCUCGGCCAGAAUCGCAUAAGUCACAUUGAUCCCAAUGCUCUGGAUGGUCUGGCCAAUUUACGUUUGCUCUAUCUAGAUGACAAUACCUUGACCACGGUGCCAGCAGAGAUGACCUUCAAGGCACUGCCAAAGCUGGCCGAGUUAUAUUUGGGCACAAAUUCAUUUAUGACCAUACGUGAUGGAGCAUUCCAAGAUCUCAAGGGUUUGACACGUUUGGAUUUGCGUGGUGCCGGUUUGCAUAACAUUUCAAAAGAAGCCCUCAAGGGAUUGGAAACUUUGCGUUACAUAGAUCUCUCCGAUAAUCGUCUCACGGAAGUGCCCACUCUGGCAUUACAACACUUGGAACGCCUUGAGCAAUUGAGUUUAGGCCAGAAUGACUUUGAGGUAAUUGCAACGGGUGCAUUUGCGGGUCUACGUGAGCUGCGUCAAUUGAAAAUCACUGGAGCUCAACGUUUGCGUCGUGUCGAGAGCGAUGCCUUCACUUCGAAUACCAAUCUGGAGCAGUUGGUCUUGGCGAAAAACAAACAGUUGAGCGAAUUGCAUGCCAAUGCUUUGCGUAGUCUGCCACAUUUGACUACAGUCAUCUUGAAGGAGAACCAAUUGAGUACACUGGAUCAGGGUCUAAUAUCAUGGACAUCGUUGCAAACCCUUGACUUGUCGGAGAAUCCCUUCGUUUGCGAUUGCCAGUUGAUGUGGUUGCGUAAUCUCUUGAUUACCAAGAAUUCGAGUAGUCAGUUCGCUCCAGUGAUUUGCGCCUAUCCUCAGACCCUCAGGGAGUUGCCAUUGACACAACUCUCAGAGCCCUUGAUCGGUUGCAGCCAUGGAGCAGCUAAUAAGCAGGCCAUUAUUGGAGUUCUAGUCGUAGUCUGCGCUGCAUUGAUAACAACUUUGGCCCUAGUGUUGUACACUUGCCGUCGUCGCAUAAGGGAAAUGUUGAAGGGCCAUUCGGCAUUGGGACGCAAGGAACGCGAGUAUCAGAAGACUUUCUCGGAUGAGGAUUAUAUGACGAGGCCAGCGCCCGCUGGUUGCGGUGGAGUGCAUCCAUCGUCGGGCUAUCCAAGCUACAAUCCCCAACAAUCCCAAUACAUGGGCAGCACUCGGCCCAUUCCAGUGACCGAGCUAUAGCUAGAAGCACCACCCCCACCUCAGUUGCGGGGUCGGGGUGGUCCCACAACAUCGUCAUCUAGCACAGGCACGAGUGUCGCAGCCACCACACAACCCACAACCCUACAGCAGCUACAAGUGCCCAGCCCCGUCGAUCAUGCCGCAUUUGCCCAACUCAGUCAGAUCCAUUACAUGACCAACAAUCAUUCGCCCACUACUGCGUCGACUGCAACCACGCGCAAUACCCACCAUUCCCAGCAGGAUAUGCGUUUGAUGGCCAAUGGCGGUGGCAAGCCAUUAAAUGCCGCCUCUUUGCCACGUCACAGGGCCAUGCAGGAGAGCACCUUGUCACACUAUAGCCAACCACUUGCCAAUGGUCAUGGCGGGAUUCGUCUCACCCAGGAUCAUUUCAAUCAUAAUGGUGCCGUCUAUGCCAAGCCCUGUGAUGCCAUGAACGAUCCCGGCUACAUACACAACAAUUCCCAUUACUCGCUGCCCCUGGAUCACGAUAUGCCACCAAGUCCCACACCGACACCACCACCGCCGGCUCUACCACUACGCAAUGGUGUCGGUAUGGCCAUGAUACAUGGCAAUACCACGGGCAGACGUUCAUUCAAUGCUAAUAACAAUAAUGUGGCCACUCUUUCGAACAACAAUCACAAUGCUGGUGGAUCUGGAGGUCCUGGUCCUGGUGGUGUCAUUUUGGCUACCAAUAACAAUGGGAGUCUACGACGGUAUCACUGAUAUUCACUGAAAACGUGCGGCACAAUGGGUCGCACCAUCAAACCGAAAAUCAAUCCAGAUAUCGAAUUGUAUCACUUCUACAAGGGCUAAACGAGAACACAAGGACAAUGAUGAUGAUUGCUGAUGUCGACUGCGAAAGGCGAACGGCGAACGGGUGCUUUUGUGUUACAAGAAAGAGUACUUUAUUUUUAUCCAUUAAUUUAUAAUAUCUGUUUUAUAUAUACCUAUUAUAUAUGUGUAUUUACGUUACGUGUAUUCAGGCGAAAGCAUUUUUGUAAAAAUUAGACUUUAGUUGAUGGCAAAAAAAGGGAACCGCAAGCGAAAAGAGGUUUGAAUUCAAGAUGUCUAUAUAUAAACAGAAAGCGGACAUAUAUAGUAAGUAAGUGUAAGAACGGGGCAGGAUAACAGAGCCACCAAGUGGAAAAACCAAUCCUAGAUAGCUUCAAAACUUCAGGUUAGUAAACGUCAAAGUCAAAGAGCUCCUUGGAAUGGCUCUCAGCCAGCUUUUAGAUGCCUGAAAUCGCAAGAAUGGGAUUUUCCUAAAUGGAUUUCAAUUCCUGAAAAGUCACAAUUCUCUAUAAGAAAAAAAAAUGGGUUCUGAAAACGUUUUGUUCAAACUCUUUCGCAUCUGAAGGUCCUUUUUUUUUGCAUCCAGUGAUCUUAAUUAUUAAGUUUUGCUUAAAACACAAAAAGAAGUAAAAGAAUUACUGCAACAAAAAUUCCUGUAAAUAAUUUAAAGCUUUUUCCAACCACAAAACAAAAAAAAAUACGAAAA